CAGCAUGCCAGCAUGGUAUCAGAAAGCUUAUAACCAUGCACCAUUUGUUCCUAUAGGAACUUGUUUAUUUAUUGUUUUGGAGCUUGUAUCAGUCUUCAGAGUAGCCUGGUCUUUUCUAAGAGGUGAAAGGAAAAAAGGGUGGGGAAGUUAUGCUACCUUGUUUGCUGCUAUUUUAGCACCUAGGGCGAGUGGUUUGGAGGUGAGGUGCCACAAAUUUGACCUCCUUUCAUAUUCUGCGUAAAGCACCUAAAAGAAAAGUAGGCUGUUUUGUGUUUCCUGAACACCCAGUUAGGCAAAAGUAGUUGUGUUCUAAUGUCUCAUUACAAUGUUCAUGGACCAAAUGAAAUGGGCACAAGCCCUUUUUAGGUACACAAUAUUCUUUUGGAGAUAAGCAUAAGCUUCAUUAUCAUUCUUCUCUUGAAAAUAGUUGUGGGUGUUAUUAUUAUUUUUUUUCAAAAUUAAUCCGUUUAGAAGUGGAUUUGAACCACUGACACAAGGCGACAAUGAGCAUCCACCUUUCGUCUGUAACGAUAUGCCAAGAUUUCAAUCAUUUGGAUUUGCAUUGAGAGGAAACCGGAGAUUCAGAAAGUAGGAUUUAAUAAGGAGGGCCAAGAGAGGAAAAGUGGAUCAUCGCAUGGGAUUGGCAUGCAGCUACUUUCAUAAGAUGGUGACUUACUAAUUAGGAAUCAUCAAUUUGGCAAAACUUUUGGCUAAUGAGAGAUUUGAGUGUGGAGAUUAGUAGGAAAUGUUUUGACAUGAUGUCAUUCAUGCUUGAAAACACAGUAAGAUUGUUGUUGGAGCUGGAGCCAGAGUCAGAUCCUGUUUGGCAUUAUUUAAACAUACAGAAUAACAGAAUUCGAGGUUUGCUUGAGAAGUGCACAUUAGAUCAUGAAGUGAGAAUGGAGACUCUACAUAAUGUUUUAUGCGAAAGGGCUUUGUUUGAUGCAAGGUGGAGGCAAAUACAACAAGAUACCAAUCAAUCUUCAGAUGCUCUUACGUUCGGAAACAACAACAAUCUUCUGAUUGAUUCUGUGGCAGUCGAAUUGACUGGUGAAGAAGUUGAUGCGCUCAGAGGGAGGUAUAUUCGUAGAUUGACUGCUGUACUUACACAUCACAUACCAGCAUUCUGGAAAGUAGCUCUUUCUGUUUUCAGCGGAAAAUUCGCAAAGUCCUCCCAAGUUUCUUCGGAACCAAAUGCUACUACUCCAGCAAAUAAAUCUGAGGAAAAUGCUGGAGAUGGGAAAUACUCUAUUCAUUCACUUGAUGAAGUUUCCAUAAUGAUACGCAAUACUAUAUCAGCAUAUGAAGUGAAGGUUUGCAAUACCUUUCGUGAUCUUGAAGAAUCCAAUAUUCUGCAACCAUAUAUGAGUGAUGCAAUAAUUGAAAUAUCCAAAGCUUGUGAAGCCUUUGAAGCGAAGGAAUCAGCACCAUCUAUUGCUGUAAUUGCAACUCGAGCACUUCAGUCAGAGAUUACAAAGAUUUACAUCCUAAGGCUUUGCUCAUGGAUGCGGGCAUCAACGCUAGAGAUUUCAAAAGAUGAGGCAUGGGUCCCAGUAUCAGUUCUUGAACGGAAUAAAUCUCCCUAUACCAUAUCUUACUUGCCACUAGCGUUCGGUAAUGUUAUGACCUCAGCAAUGGACCAGAUCAAGUUGAUGAUUCAAACAUUAAGAAGUGAGGCAGCAAGGUCAGAAGAUAUGUUUGCACAACUUCAAGAAAUACAAGAAUCCGUCAGACUUGCUUUUUUGAACUGUAUUUUGGAUUUUGCAGGUCACUUGGAGCGUAUAGGUAGUGAGCUUGCUCAAAACAGAUCAAGCAAAGGAAGUUCACAUGUAGAAAAUGGAUAUUCACAGAACUUAGAAGAGAAGCUAAUAUUUGAUCUCAGGGGAAGCGUUGUGGGUCCACAUCAACAGUUGUUAAUAGUCUUAAGUAAUAUUGGCUAUUGCAAAGACGAGCUUUCUUAUGAGUUGUACAACAACUACAAACAUAUCUGGUUACAGUCGAGGGAAAGAGAGGAAGAGGAUAGUGACAUACAAGACCUAGUGAUGUCUUUUUCUGGGCUGGAAGAGAAGGUUCUUGAACAGUAUACUUUUGCUAAGGCAAAUUUGAUCAGAACAGCUGCUUCAAACUAUAUGUUAGAUUCUGGUGUUCAAUGGUGGGGAGCCGCCCCUGCUGUGAAAGGUGUGCGGGAUGCUGCUGUUGAGUUGCUGCACACUUUGGUAGCUGUACAUGCAGAGGUUUUCUCUGGUGCUAAGCCUCUUCUGGACAAGACACUUGGCAUUCUUGUUGAAGGUCUAAUUGAUACUUUUAUCAGCCUGUUCAACGAAAACAGUACGAAAGAGCUUAGGUCACUCGAUACAAAUGGGUUCUGCCAGCUCAUGCUUGAGCUUGAAUACUUUGAGACCAUUUUAAAUCCAUAUUUUACGCCUGAUGCAAGAGAGGCUCUGAAAUCUUUACAAGGUGUGCUUCUUAAUAAAGCAACUGAAAGUGUGACUGAAUAUGUGGAGAAUCCAGGCCACAACCGACGAGCAACGCGUGGAAGUGAAGAUGCUGUGACAGAUGAUAGACCACCAGGGAUCACUGUGUCACCAGAUGAUCUGAUUGCUCAUGCUCAGCAGUUUAGCUAUGAGUUGCUUCAAGCAGAGCUUGAGAGGACUCACAUCAACACAGCAUGUUUUGUCGAGUCAAUUCCAUUGGACUCGGCACCAGAAUCAGCCAAACACUCUUAUGCUUCUUUUAGGGGUUCACUCGAUUCUCGCAGUAGAAACUAUAGAGGCACACAAGGAACAGCAUCUCCAAGCUACUCCAGGAAUAGGCGACGAUGAAGUUGUAAAUGGGAUAUCUUGUCUCUGCUAGUUCUACUGUACAUAUAAUUUACUGUAAUCCAUAUUCUUAUUAUUCUUUGAGUUUAUGAGCUUCUUUCACUGGUCUUUCCCUUGAUUUCCGUUUUUAUCCUGUCCUAUGCUACAGAGGUGUAUUUUUUUGCCAUAUUGUAAUGCCAGUGGUGUUCGUUUUUGUGUUA